AUGCAGUGCUCACCCUGCCUAGUGGUGGCCCUCAGCGGCGUCCUGGUAGCCCUGGGGCUGCUCAUCCUGGGGCUCUACUGCCACACGCCGACUCGCUACGGGAAGCACGCGGAGGUGGCGGCCGAGGAGGAGCAGCAGCCCCUGCGGGAACAACAACGCCGCCACCUGCCCGCCAAAUGCGCCUGGUUCCUGCAGGAGCUGCCGGCUUUCCUGGUGCCCGCGCUCUUGCUGGCGCUGCGCAGCCCGCCGCGUUUCGCGCCGCUCGGCUGCCGGCUGCUGGUCGGCAUGUUUUGCGGGCACUACUUUCACAGGACAUUUAUUUACUCAUUCCUCACAAGAGGCAGACCUUUCCCAUUGGACACACUGCUUUUCGGCAUGCUGUUCUGUGUCUAUAACGGCUUCCUUCAAGGUUACUACAUGGUUUAUUGUGCUGAAUACCCAGAUGACUGGUGCAACGACAUAAGGUUUACAUCAGGUAUAUUGUUGUUUUUGUUUGGAAUGGGCAUCAAUGUUCACAGUGAUUUCCUGCUACGCCAGCUAAGAAAACCUGGGGAGUUAACUUACAAGAUUCCACAAGGAGGACUAUUCGUAUAUGUGUCUGGAGCAAACUUUUUCGGUGAGAUGCUGGAAUGGUUUGGCUAUGCAAUAGCAACCUGGUGCCUACCAGCUUUUGCCUUCGCACUUUUUACAAUGUGCUUUGUUGGGCCACGGGCUUAUCAUCAUCACAGGUAUUAUCUAAGAAAAUUCAUAGGCUACCCAAGAUCAAGAAAAGCCUUGAUUCCUUUUAUAUUCUAAAGGACAAUAGAUUUUGGGAGUGGAGGAGGUUGUUGGUGUUGUAUGUCUUUGUACUGUUUAACUUUAAAGAUGAGUUCUAUUGUUAAUGCUUGUGUGUGUUUCACAGAGAAAGAUUUUGGUACAAUGUAGUGUUUUCAUGAACUAAUUGUCUUUACAGUACUGGAGUAAUUGUUUGUUUACUAUAAGUGGUAAAAGACAUAUGGGCACCUGCAUAAUUCUUCUCCACACAAAUUUUAAAAUGAAAAACAGCCAUGAGAGAAUGAAAUUGAGAGUAUGAGACCAGUGCUGAAUCCCUUCCCCAUGGGUAUAAUGUUUGCUCAGAGUGGUGAGGUUUUCAUAAUAUUCCUCUAUCAAAUUUCUCUUUGAUUUUGAUGUUCCAUGUUACUGGAAAUAUUUACCAGAGUGGAAUUCAUGUCAUUGUAAUCCAAGAUUCUUCUAGACUUUCUUUCAGACUACAUGCAAAAGAAAGAAGAAAAAAUAUUUUAAAAACAUUUCCUAAAGCUGAAGAUUUUGUUGUCGUUGUUGUGUCACACAAAAGCACAAUUCUAUUCUCUGGCAUCAUAAAACAAAAAAUAACUAAAAUGUACCAAAUGUCUGCCAAUUUUUUAAAAAGUUUAUGUUAUUUUAUGUUGCAUAAGAGUGCAAUUGAGCUCUUCCCCAACAUAAACAAUGAAAAUAAAUGCCUUUCAAAAAUGUUGUAUAUGCUGAUUUUUAAAAAAGAAUAAUUGUAUUUCUGUUUUGCCAAAGACCACAGUUGUGUUUGUGACAUAAAUGCAAAAAAGUUGAAAUACUAAAAUAAAAUGUUUUUUUUUUCCUGGUACACACAGAUAUUUUAGAGAAGUAAGCAAAUUAGUCAGAAGUUUGUUUUGGA